AUGGUACUGAUCUAUUACCAAAGAUACGAAGAGGAAGAGGAUGAAUUUUUGCGAGAACUGGAAAACAUGCGAGCACAAGUCUCCGAACGACCGCCGCUUUGCGAGGAUGUUCCAGUACUAGGCGCACUCUGCAGCUUGGUUGGUGAAAUUGGCGAGCUACGCCGGGAAAACAAGGCACUCCGUCAGCGUCUCAACACAGUGGUGGAACCAAAGCGCGGUGUUGUACAUCGAGUCAGUGCUCUCCUGGAAAAUCGCAGCAAUUUCAUCCCCAAACUGAUCGGACGUCGAGCUUUCAAUCAGUCCGAGAUACGAUCUGGAGCGCGCGAACGUUUGUCCACACCUCCAUAUAAGGAAAGUUUGACAGCCAGUUCAUAUUCGACUGACAUCUCAUCGGACGUAUCUGAUCCACAUCGUGCGACGCUGUCAACAACACGAAAGAAGGUUGCACCACCACUGGUGCUUCCGGAGCUGAGCGAUUCGGAUAUUGAGCAUUCCAUUUUCUUCGAGGUAGCACUGCCGGAAUUCAAUGACGGAAAAAAAGCAGCGCGUGGCAGCCGCACUACGAGCAGACGCUCAAAAGUACUGUCGCUGUCUGAGCGGACCAGUCCAUCGUCUGCUUCAUCGCGGGACCAUUCCGAAAAUAUGAGUAUGAGUCGGUUUGCUCUGUAA